UACUACCUAUAGGCGCUUGUCGCACCUUCGUAGCCCAAUUUACUUGCCCGGAUCCAGCUGCUGGAGCUGUGCUGGUCUGCUGCUGGACCUCUGCUGGACCUCUGCUGGACCUCUGCUGGACUCGUGCGGGAGCCACGCGGGAGUUGCGGGAGCGCUGCGGGUAUUUCACCGGACCCGGCGGACCGGACACGUGUCCGACGCGACGACACCGCGAUCAGGACUUGGGUGCGCUUCACCGCUACGUCCAGCGCUCGCCAUGCAUCUUGCCUGGCUGGCACUUCUCCCGCUCGCGAGGGCGGUGCAGCCCUCCGUGAAUGACACCCUGCUAUGGGGUGCAUAUAGGCCCAACCUGUAUUUUGGCCUGCGACCGCGCAUCCCGCAGUCGCUCAUGACCGGUCUCGUCUGGUUUGGUACUCAGGAUUAUCAGUCUGUCAGCAGGUCCCGUCACGGAUGCGACCAGGGCGAUGGACUCGCGGGCUACACCUGGACGGAAUAUGAGCCCCGCGAGGGCGGCGUCCAGGUCAUCAACGACACUCCGAACAACGUCCGCAUCACGACCGAAUUCAUCAAAGUCGCGGGGGGAAACAAUGGCGGCAGCUGGGCUGCACGAGUGAAGGGGGAACCACUCGACCCGAACAUCCCCUCCCGCAUUUCUACCAUUUUCUACAUGGGACUGGAGGGCCUGGGGGGCAUUGACAUGGUCACUGACGAAGACGAGAACGGUCUCGAAGGCGAUGUCGAGUUCACUGGCACUUCCCCUGAGCUAGACGACUUCACCAUUCGCAUUGUAGAAGGACCGGACAACCAACACGUCUCGAAUGGGCGCCACGCUAGCGCUUUCGAGGAGCGGAUUGGCAAGAGCCAUUACGCAGGUCUUCCCAUCCCCGCUGGCAACAUAUGGCAAGCUAGAGAAAUUCUGGUCCAAUCCAUCAUUAAGCGCGCAAACGAAGUUCUCCAGCCGUACAAAGACCCCGCAGUCGGCGCACCAGACCCAUCUUUCGUGCUUCACCUGAACGAUGAGGCUUUCAGUGGAAGCAACCUCUACGCCGUGCAAAAGCUCUUCGACGGUCCCUUCCAAUUUGACGUGUUCUACGAAAGCGCGAGCGCGAAGCAGAAACUAAGCUCCGCUGUAAUUGAUCAAAGCAUCCCAGCCUUGCAGCAAUCAUACGCAGCGCGCUUCGAUGUCGCCCUACCGUACCCUUCUGACUUCCCGGCAGAGCAAUAUGAGGACAUGCAGGCCUUCUCGCGCGCGGUGACCUCGAACCUCGUUGGCGGUGUCGGGUACUUCUACGGCACGUCGAUCGUCCAGAAGAAGUCAUCGUACGAGUGGGACGAAGACGAGGAUGAAGACGCGGACGACGCGGAUAGCAAAGUCGCGCACUUGACUCCGCCAAACGCGCUCCUGACUGCCACUCCGAGCCGCAGCUUCUUCCCCCGAGGCUUCUACUGGGACGAGGGCUUCCACCUGCUGCACAUCUUCCUCGUCGACCCCGACUACAGCCUGGACAUCCUCCACGAGUGGAUCGACCUCAUCGACGACGACGGCUGGGUCGCCCGCGAGCAGAUCCUCGGCGAAGAGGCACGCAGCCGCGUCCCCGUCGAGUUCCAAACCCAGGUUCCCAGCUGGGGCAACCCACCCACCCUCACCCUCGUCCUCCCCGCCCUCAUCGAAAAGGCGAAGGCCAUCUCCUCCCGCGACGUCUCCGACUUCGAUCUCGGCCUCGACCAAGCGCCCCUCGGCCUCCACCGAACCCCCAUCCACACCGGCCCCGGCCCCGCCGCCACCGCCUCCAGCAAGCACCUCGCCUCCUCCGACGCCACCGCCGAGUACCUCAUCUCCAUCUACCCCGCGCUCAAGCGGCACUACGAGUGGUUCCGGCGCACGCAGCGCGGGCUCAUCAAGCAGUACGGCCGGCGCGCGCGCAGCCGCACCGAGGCGUACCGCUGGCGCGGGCGCUCGCCCACGCACGUCCUCACCAGCGGCAUGGACGACUACCCGCGCGGGCCGCCGCACGCGGGCGAGCUGCACGUCGAUCUCCUGGCGUGGAUGGCGCACUUUACGCGCACGAUGCACAGUGUAGCCGACUUCAUUGGGCAGACGGACGACGCGGCGAGCUACAAGGAGAUCGAGGAAGGGAUGCUGGCGAACUUGGAAGACCUGCACUGGAGCAAGGCUGAGGAGAUGUUCUGCGAUUUGGAUGUAGAUGAUGAGGACGAAUCCUACCACGAAUGCCACAAAGGCUACGUCUCCAUCCUUCCCGCCGCCCUCGGCCUCCUCGACUCCGACUCGCCCAAACUCAAGGCCAUCCUCGAGCUCGUGCGCGACCCCGAGGAGCUCUGGUCACCCUACGGCAUCCGCAGCCUCGCGAAGAGCCACCCCGAGUACGGGAAGGGCGAGAACUACUGGAAGGGCCCGAUCUGGCUGCAGGUCAACUACCUCAUGCUGAGCUCGUUGCACAAGAAAUACGCCGCAGAAGAAGGCCCCUACAGAGACCUAGCGAGCGAAAUCUACACGCAGCUGAGGAAGAACUUGGUGGAGAACAUCUACAGCGAAUACAAGCGCACCGGCUACGUCUGGGAACAGUACGAUGCAAACACAGGCAAGGGCCAGCGGAGCCAUCCAUUCACAGGCUGGACAUCCCUCGUCGCUCUGAUCUUGGCCGAAAAGUACCCAUGAGGGAGGCCGCGUCGAUUGUGGGAGUAGCAGUAUUUACCUGUACUAGCCUAUGUAACUACAAUCGCCUGCUACCCCAGAGACCUGACAGCACAUCCGGUGUGCUUGAACUUCAAAGUCC